AUGGCUGGUGAAUACCAGGAACCUGAAGGCCCGGUUGACUUCAGCGCCUUGCACGGCUUACUUGGGCAGGUGCUAGAGGCGCAUAGCUAUCCGUACACCGCGAUCCAGAUGGGUACGUCCCCAGAUCACACGGAAGACAAGAUCAUGCUGCGUAUCCAAGCCAUCUGCGACUACCACAACGCGUGUGUCAAGGGCAGAGGCAAUUCAUGGUUGAAGGACUAUGCGACACACCAACCCGACAUGAACCGAUUCAGAGAGGCUUGCGUUGUCUUGCUGCAGGCCAGAGAGAAGCUAAUUAACAUCCGACUCCGACGAGUUGCCCGCGCGCUGUUCGAGCAGAACCAUCGCGCAGCCGGGGGGUCAGGAUACAGACCUCCCACCACGACCCAACUCCCGGAAGAACACGAAGACCGGAGUCUUCGUUUCGUCCUCCGGUUUGCAGGCAAAAUCGAUCCGAAUCUCGAGCAGGCUCAGCCUCAAGGAAUCCUAAUGCCCAAGGACUUCUACCACUCCAUUGAGCGGAAGCUAGGCCUGGCGGGAUACAGGAUGGGCAUGAACCCAGAGGCGCUCGACAAGCUCUUCCCGCUACCUCCCGACAUCCGGCAGCCCGGACGAGGCAGCGUUGGAGACGGUACGACCAACAGAUCGGCCAACAGUACCGUGCAAACUUGCGCGCUCAUCCCCAAGGCCCCUACUACAGGCGUGAUCUUGUAUGCUUGCGCUUCAAGAGCGACCCUACCACGAUGGUCCGAUCCGAUUACCUGCCCGACCUCGACCGACGACCAGCCUACCCAGCACGCAUUCCCAACCUGCGCGUCGUAA